AUGUAUAACUAUAAAACGCUGAUGAUUAUCAGCCUGGCUUGUGCAUCUGCUGUAGCUUCGGCACUUGCAGUCUCCAACGUGCUACCUGAGAUGCCUUGGGCUACGAAUCCAAUGGAUUACAACCCAGCUAAAAUUACCAGUGCCCCUGAGAACCAUGGGAGCAAGGUUCAAAGAGGAGACACAAAAUCUCACUCCUACAGUCCUUCGUAUGAGUUCCACUCUGCGGACGGUUGGCAAUUUGUCCCAGUUAGCAAUCUCUCCUACAAAUACGGCAACGAUACUAAUGUUCGCUCCCGCUCCGACCAAAAACGACGUCAGCGAUCGGAGACUAAGCGUGGUGUUAAGGUUGAUGUAGGUGCCGAUAUUAUUGGCGGGUCUGUUGGCCACGCGGUUGGAGAAGCCUGGAACGAGUUGAGAGGGAUAGGCAAGGCGCAGGGAGUUACUAUCACAUGGUACACAGGGGAGGACCUCCAAAAUCCCAGCUGUUGGCCAGAGUCGGACUGGGCACCAACGGAUGCAUCUUUCGCAUGUGCACUCACGCUCGAGGGGUGGAAUAACAAACCGAGCUGCUUUAAGUUCUUAGAACUAUGCAACGGGCCAGACAAGUGCAUUUUCGUCCGCGUGGUUGACACAUGCGCUGGAUGCAAGAAAGGUUCUAGACAUGUUGACCUCACCAAGGCCGCAUUCGCAGCACUAGCCGACCUCGACAUAGGAAUUCUCACGGUCCAAAUGAGAAUGGCAACUAGCCCACAAGUGUGGUGA